GAGGUGGAGGUGGAAGUGGAGCCCGGCAUCCGAGGCCCUGAAAUAGUCACCAUGGGGGAAAACGACCCUCCCGCUGCUGAAGCCCCUUUCUCCUUCAGAUCGCUCUUCGGCCUGGAUGAUUUGAAAAUAAGUCCCGUCGCACCAGAUGCUGACGCGGUCGCUGCCCAGAUCCUGUCUCUGCUGCCUCUGAAGUUCUUCCCCGUCCUUGUCGUUGGGAUAAUCGCCUUGAUAUUAGCCUUGGCCAUUGGGCUGGGCAUCCACUUUGACUGCUCUGGCAAGUACCGGUGCCGGUCGUCUUUCAAGUGUAUUGAGCUGGCGGCUCGAUGCAACGGGGUUGCCGACUGCAAGGAAGGGGAGGACGAGUACCGAUGUGUCCGCGUGAGCGGUCGGAACGCCGUGCUCCAGGUGUUCACUGCUGCCGCCUGGAGGACCGUGUGCUCCGAGGACUGGAAGGCCCACCACGCAUCUGUCGCCUGUGCCCAGCUGGGGUUUCCCAGCUAUGUGAGUUCAGACACCCUCAGAGUGGACCUGCUUGAGGAGCCGUUCCGAGAGGACUUCGUUUCCAUCAACCACCUCCUGCCGGACGACAAAGUGACCGCCCUCCACCAUGCGGUGUAUGUGAGGGAAGGAUGUGCCUCGGGUCACGUGGUUACCUUGACGUGCUCAGCCUGCGGUCGGAGAAUGGGCUCCAGCCCACGUAUCGUAGGUGGAAAUGCGUCCUCACUGGCACAGUGGCCCUGGCAGGCCAGCCUGCAGUUCCAGGGCUACCACUUGUGCGGGGGAUCCGUCAUCACCCCCGUGUGGGUGGUCACCGCUGCCCACUGUGUUUACGAUCUCUACCUCCCCAAAUCCUGGACCAUCCAGGUGGGCCUGGUUUCCCUGCUGGACAGCCCAGCCCCCUCCCAUCUGGUAGAAAAAAUCAUCUACCACAGCAAGUACAAGCCCAAGAGGUUGGGCAGUGACAUCGCCCUCAUGAAGCUGGCGGGGCCUGUCGCUUUCAACGAGAUGAUCCAACCAGUUUGUCUGCCCAACUCUGAAGAGAACUUUCCUGAUGGGAAAAUGUGCUGGACAUCAGGAUGGGGGGCCACGGAGGACGGAGCUGGCGACGCCUCUCCGGUCCUCAACCACGCGGCCGUGCCUUUGCUCUCCAACAAGCUCUGCAACCACAGGGACGUGUACGGGGGCCUCAUCUCCCCGUCCAUGCUCUGUGCAGGCUACCUGAAAGGCGGGGUGGACAGCUGCCAGGGGGACAGCGGGGGGCCCCUGGUGUGUCAGGAGAGGACGGUGUGGAAGCUGGUGGGAGCCACAAGCUUUGGCAUCGGCUGCGCUGAGGCGAACAAGCCUGGGGUCUAUACCCGCAUCACAUCCUUCCUGGACUGGAUUCACGAGCAGAUGGAGAGGGACCUGAAAACGUGAAGACGAAGAGGCAUGUUCCCACCUUGAGUUCCUGCCAAGCUGGAGACCCCCCCCCCCGUCCUUCCGUGGCUUCCUGUGUGGAAACUUCUGGCAGCGGAGCCAAAAGAACCCGCAUCUCUCCGUUCCCCCACCUCCAGAACAGCUGUCUGCGGACAAGCCAGAGGGGCUUCGGAUCAAAAUGGCCCUGAACCUCCUUUCCCAUCCUCACCCAGAGAAGAAGCAGGAACGCCUCCCAAAUGCUCCCUUUUCCCACCCGUUCACCUGGGUUUCCUCCCGGCAACGUGGACCCGUGGGAGGGAGCUGUCUGCACACUUUUGUCCAGGCUCAGAACCUAACACUUCCUACCAGGAUCUCUUUUCACACGUGGGGACGGACCCUAUAAGGGAUUAUUGUCUUGAGGUUUAUUUCUAUUAUUUCUUUGUAGCCUCUGG